AUGACCUCAUUCGGUUUUGACGAAGAAAUGUUCCACCCAGGCACCCCGGAAUUCAAGGUGUUCGACUUUGUCGAGCACAAACCGCUUCCGAUUGCUGGGUGGGGACUGCGUGUGCCCGACUACCACGGCUCAACCUCAGUCUCCCCGUCGUCCAGCUUGUCCUCCCCAUCGGACAUCAAGACGGAUUUCGGAGCCGAAUUCUACUCGCCACUUUGCGUGAACCCGUUCUCCGGAAGCGCCUCUUUCCUCCACUCGCCGGCGAGUAGCAGCAGCAGCCCGUUCGGAUUUCCGAUACAAAAUGGGCACCACGUUGGAUCGGCGCAGGGAUCGUUGCCAUCGGUAGCCGGCAUGCUUCCCGUUGGGAUGGGCGGCGGCUUCUUCAUGUCCCCACAAUUGCACCACCAGCCGAUGCGCCACCAUCAACCGUACGAAUCGAAGGACGACGAUUCUUCUGAGGAAAAUGGCCGAUCCCCAUCUCCGCCGCUUUCUGACGGUGAUACCGAAGGACUAACAGCCCUCCAGGCCCAACACCGAUCACGCAGCAAAAUGCACGAAAUGGCCGUCCGCCAGAAGCUGAUCACCGACCAGGACGUCCGCAGCCACGGGUGUGUCCAGCUAUCGGCAGAAGAGAAGCGAACCCUCGUCCAAGAGGGAUACCCAAUCCCCACCAAAUUCCCGCUGACAAAAACUGAAGAGGAAGCGCUGAAGAUUGUCAGGCGCAAAAUUAAGAAUAAGCUCUCCGCGCAAGAAUCUCGACGAAAGCGGAAGGAGUAUAUGGACUCGCUUGAGCAGAGGGUGCAGAUAUACUUUAGCGAGAAUCAGGCUUUAAAGCAUAAGAUGAAGCAGUUGGAGAUGUCCAACCGCGGUCUGAUGGCCCGUCUCAAACAGCUCGAAGCCAUGGUGGCCCCCGGCAAUGCCCAAAUUAUCGAUGACGGCAUGGUGAUG